CUAAGUGUGUAGUGCGCUAGAGCUGUGGUUGAAUUUAUCCCUUGAAAGUGUAAGUUUGCGUUAAAUUGUUGGUAGCUACCUAUGUAAAUUCCGCCUCGAUUAUGUGAGUUUUUCGUUAGUAUUGGCAAGGAAGUACAUUCAGACUGUUCCAUUUCAAUGGACAGCUUUCUCAUAAGACGACAUGGAAGACGUUAUGAGCUGCACGUAUUUUCUCUAUUCUUAGGGAAAUUCGGUGCAUAUAUUGUUCAUGGUUUUGAUUAACGUCAGAACUCAGGGUGAAUUUUUAGCCUUUUAGCCGAACAAUAAACACAUGGAACCAGGGAUAACACAGCAACUGGAGGGCACUUAGGCACUAGCAAUAAGGCUGCUUUUAGUGUAUUUUCAGCCGCGUGGAGAUGCUUCCUGCCCCCGGUGUUUUUCAGUUUCCCUGGGAGAUAAGUGCAGGGGCCGUCCAGGAAGGGGCAACAGUGAGAACAUUUGGCAGAUUGUUGUGUUACCAACCAGCCGAUUCAAAGGCCAUCCUCACUUCCCACCAUGCAUCAGCCCAGCACCAAGUGGUUAUUCACACGGGCUUUGUGGAGCCUUUUCAGCCUAUAAUAGGGGCCCAGUACAUAGCUCUCGGAGAGCUGGAAAGUUCGGACAGCGAGGGUGUGAUGGUGCGUGCUCGCGUGCUGAACUGUGUAGAUGGAGUAGACCUUGCUUUGCUGCAGAGUGCCAUCAAUGAACAGAGGAAAUACUUCCAGGAAAGAGAGAGUGGAGCAGACAUCCAGUCACCCCCAUCCUGAUAUGGGA